AUGUGUCUACCGUUAAAGUUUGUUCAAAAACGCGAUCAUUCAACGACCACAUCAAAUUUAUUUCAUAAUCAUGUACAUUCUACCUUAAAUACUACUCGUCUUCAUGAAUCUAAUGAUAUCGAUUGCUCCGUAUUUUCAUAUGUUAAUAGUAGUGUUCCUUUAAAAGAAUUAGAUCAAAAAUUAGAGAUAAUAGGUACAGGCCAAGAAACACAAUGUAUUGCAAAUGAAAAAGAUUCAUCUUAUUUGACAACUAUCCAAAAUUAUUCUUGUCCAGAUAAUAUCAAUGACAAAUCGAUAUUGUCUGACUACCAAAGUAAAACAAAACAAGUUAAUAUCUGUGUUUCAAAAGGCGUAGUUAAAUGUUCUGAUAUUACUGAUAAUAACGAUAUCAUGGUGCAAGAACCUAAUUCGAAAUUUUUAUUAGUACUUUGUAAUGAAAAAUCAGCAACAACAACAGCACCAUCUAUCCAUAGUUCUAAUGCGUAUGGAUCAACAAGUGCUAAAAACUUUUCUAUAUCAUUAUCGUCGCCGCCACUACAAACAGACACAUGUCAAUUGGCACCAUCGUCAUCAUCCCUCGACAAACAAACGCAACAGCUUGAUAAAAGAAAAAAAUAUCCAUUGAUUGACAUUAUAUAUUCAAAUGAAGAAGAACAACUAAUGACAAGUCAGAUAUUACACAAAACUUUAGAUAUGAAUCACGUACUCGUUUCUACAACAACUUCUUCGUCUUCAAAAACAUUUUUAAAUAGAUCACAAGAGUUAUUAUUAACUAAACCACUACUAAAACGAUCAUGUGCAUCUUAUUUAAUUGAACAUUCAAAUCAUAUAUUUGGUACAAAAAAUUAUGAAGAGCAAAAUGAUGAUGAAUUUUUUAUUACAGCUGGUUGUGUACUUCAUUCCUGUCCGAAUAUAUACACAUCAGUUUUAGGAGAUAAUGAAUUUAUUCGCCAACGUUCUAAAUCAUGUGAAAUAUCUUGUAUCGAAUAUUUGAGUGACGAUAAAUCAGCCUUUGUUCCAAACUCAUAUGAUACAUGUAGUAAUAAAUAUACAUUUACACCACGUUUUCAAUCGAAACAAAAAAAUGAUUAUGAUUCAACAGACUCUAUUAAUUCAGAAAUAGAAGAUUAUUGUAUUCGACAUCAAAACGGAUUUCAUUGUUCAAGUAUGGUGGAUGACAAUUUAUUCCCAUCGACAUGGAGAUCCGAUGAACAUUUGCUGCAAAUUCCAUUUUAUGAUGAUUCACCAUCAGUAAUAAGAUCACGUUCGUAUGACAUACAAAUAAAUCGAAGGUCAGUUCUAGUGUGA